AUACCCGGUUCAACAUCACGUAACUGUAGCUGCUUGGUUGUUGUCAGUUAGCAUAACACUGCUUGUGUAUUAACUCUUUAUCAGUAAGUUUUAGUGAAAACUCUGCUAGCUUUGCUAACCGCGUUAGCUUCGUUAGCUAACGUAUCCCGUUAGCCUGGCGUCACUUCCUACUUUUGAAAAUCGCGGUGACAAAGUUUGGAAGCAGAGAUGGAGCUACAAGUGGGAUCUGAACCGAUGACCCUGGGCUCUCCCACCUCUCCUAAACCAACCCCCGGAGCUCAGUUCCUCCCUGGCUUCCUGAUGGGUGACCUGCCAGCUCCGGCCAGCCCGCAGCCCCGCCCCUUCAGCCUGGUCACGCCAAUCACAGAGAGCACAGGAGGAGGAGGAGGAUCCGCCCCGCAGCCCGUCGUCCCCACCCCUAAGGAUAAAAGUGGAGCCCCGCCUGUCCGUAGUAUCCAUGACGACCUGGUUAAUGUAGCGACACCUCUCAGUGCACACAGACAGGCUUUUCCCAUCAUGCAGUCUCCUCUGUCUGUUCGUCAGGCCCCGACACCAACAGCAGGUGUGCAGCAGCUGUGUCUGUCUCCAGCUCAGGUGGAUCCAUUCUACAGUCAGGGAGAGUCUCUGUCUGCUGAUGAUCAGCUGGACCAGACCUGGGUCACUGUGUUUGGUUUUCCUCCAGCCUCAGCCUCCUACAUCCUCCUGCAGUUCGCUCAGUACGGAAACAUCCUCAAACACACGAUGGCGUCUCCUGGUAACUGGAUGCAUCUUCAGUAUCAGUCCAGACUUCAGGCCAGGAAAGCUCUGUCUAAAGAUGGGAAAGUGUUUGGUGACGCCAUCAUGGUGGGAGUGAAACCCUGCAUAGACAAGAGUGUGAUGGAUUGCAGUGAAGCCAUCUCCUCUCCCCUCUCCUCCUCCUUCUCCUCCUCCUUCCUCCCCUCCACACCUCGCUCAGCCAUCAGACCGCUCAGCGCCGCCUACAGGAGCUCCGGCAGCGACUACCAGGUGGUAGCAGACAGACAGACCCCCAGGAAGGACGACAGUUUUGUUUCCAAGGCGAUGGAAUACAUGUUUGGCUGGUGACAUGCAGCCUAAAGACUCACUACACUGUGUGUGUGUGUGUGUGUGUGUGUGUGUGUGUGUGUGUGUGUGUGUGUGUGCGCUUGCGUGGGCGUAAGAGAGAGUGUAUGAUUGACAAUGAUUGAUUGUCUUUGUGUCUCUCUUCUUUUAUAAUCUGUUUUUACUGUUUCUGUCUCAAUAAA